AUGGCCUCCCCCUCUCCUCUCCUCACAUUCACCCUCUAUCUUGUUCUAUGCACAGCUAGCUCCCUGGCUGCUGAGACCUCCCAGGAUUACCAACAGCAACAGCAGCAGCCGCGCGCCCAGCAGCGCGGGGCGCGGCGACAGGGCGAUUGCCAAAUCCAGAACCUCAACACCCUCGAACCCAACCGCCAAAUGCAGCACGAGGCCGGCGUUUCCGAGAUCUGGGACCAGGACGACGACCAGCUCCAGUGCGCCGGCGUCGCCGCCAGCCGCCAUGUGAUCGAGCCGAGAGGCCUCCUUUUGCCCGCCUUCGUUAACGCUCCCUUGCUUGCCUAUGUCCUUCAAGCAUUUCCACAGGGCAAGGCAUACUUGGGAGUUCAUACCCGGGAUGUCCGGAGACCUACCAAUCAUUCCAACAAUCUCAACGAGGCGAAGGACGACAAUCCCAGAGGGACCCAACACCAGAAGCUCGUCCACUUCCGCCGCGGGGACAUCUUGGCCCAGCCCGCCGGAGUGGCCCAUUGGGUCUACAACGACGGCGGCGACCAGCUUGUUCUGGUGGUGAUUCACGACACCAACAACCAUCAAAACCAGCUUGACCAGAAUCUCAGAGAUCGAGGCAACCCACAGGAGCAGCAGCAACAACAAAGAAGCUUCAGGGGACAAGAACAAUGGUCAGGCAACAACAUCUUCCAAGGCUUCGAUCCCCAGACUUUGGCCGAGGCCUUCGGUGUCGACGAGGAGACGUCGAGGAGGCUACAGAGCAACAACGACCGGAGAGGGUUCAUCGUGAGGGUGGAGAAGGAGUUUGACGUGGUCAGGCCGCCGAGGUACGAGGAGGAGGAGGAAGAACGGGAGAGAGAGUACAGGAGAGUGAAUGGGUUGGAGGAGACAAUUUGCACCGCGAAGAUCAAAGAGAACAUUGAUGACCCAGAAAGGGCUGAUAUUUAUACCGCAAGGGCUGGGCGUAUCAGGACCCUCAACAGCCAGAAUCUUCCCAUUUUGAGGAACCUACAAUUGAGUGCUAAAAGAGCAGUUCUCUACAGGAAUGGUAUGGUAGGCCCCUACUGGAACAUAAACGCACACAGCGUAAUGUACGUAACCCGAGGAAGGGGCCGUGUCCAAAUCGUCGGAAGCUCCAACGACCGACCCGUCUUUGACGGAGACGUCCGCGAGGGGCAACUCUUAGUCAUCCCGCAAAACUACGCGGUGGUGAAACUGGCCGGAGCCGAAGGCCUGGAGUGGUUUUCCGUCCAGACAAACGGCUUGGCCAAGACAAGCCCUCUCUCGGGCAGGACUUCGGUGAUCCGGGCGAUCCCCGCGGACAUCUUGGCCAAUGCGUAUCGGAUCUCGAGGGAGGAAGCAAGGAGGGUGAAGUUCAAUAGGGAUGAGGAGGCGGCUAUUCACACCCAGAGGAGGGGGUCUGGUGAACAGAGAAGGGCUACUGCCAAUUGGGCCAAAAAUGCUUUGCUAGAAGUGAUUUCGAAGUUUGAAUGAGUUUUUGCUA